AUGAGUUCAUGGACCUCUGUGGCUACUGCUAUCGCAGCAGGCUUGGGGGCACUCCUUCUUGAUUUCAUUAGACAGGGAGCAGAAUCAAGAGCUUUACGAUGGUCUGCCGAGCAGCUCAAGACGGUCACUGGAAUGAGAGUCAUCCUUGAAGAUAUGGCAACAAAGAAGAAUCGAUUCCGCUAUAUUAAUCCUUUCACAUAUCUUAAUGGUAGUCUCCAGGAUUCUUAUCUUGGAGAAUUCUCCACAAGCAGAUCCGUAAGAGUGAAUAUCUUCCGAAAAUUAGGGGGAAUAUUUCCAUACCCACCUCAAGAUGAUAUCGAGGACACUGAUCGCCCAGGCAACCAAGAAGGGGAGCUUAGUACAUGGCAAGCUGAAGAUUUAAAUCAAGUAGAAUCGGCCAAUACUAGUCAGACAGUCUCCGUUUCUGAUGGCGCCCUUCAAGGUCGCACAGUGAUACCAAGUGAUUCGGUUGCCAACAAAGAAGAUUUGGUACAAGAAUGGCUUCAAGUCUCAUCAUCUCCCACGACGGAUUCAUUCACUGAUGCAGGAGAUCAGGGUGAGGUGGCUUUGCCGAGUCUUCAUGUUCCAAAAGCAAUCGCCUUUGAUCAGCUUGCAAUCCUUGGUCGCGGUUCGUAUGGAGAAAUAUCCCAAGUGAGACAGCGAGGUACCAACAAAAUCUAUGCACAGAAGAAGGUCUACCUCCCGCCCCGAAAUCUUGACAAUUCUGAAAGAAACCACAUUGAGAAUAUGGUCAAGGAAGAGUUCGAAAUUAUGCAAAGGCUUUCACAUGACCACGUUCCUCAAGUUGCUCUACAAACUGUAGAAGAGGAAACCUUUAGCAUACUCAUGUUGACGGUAGCUGAUUGUGAUCUUCGUCACUUUCUGGAGAGGUGCACGAAUCAAGAUUAUCCCAAGCAAGAGCUAGGUCAUUUGACGUCCUGGUUCGGAUGUCUCGCUACCGCAGUAACGUACGUUCAUUCGAAGCACAUCCUGCAUGGAGACAUCAAGCCAAGCAACAUUCUGGUAGACGUCAACCUGCGACCAUAUCUCGCAGACUUUGGCUGUGCUGAAGACCUCUUGAAGUCUAAGUCUGCCUCCAGCACACGCGAAAUUGCGAUAGGCACACCGGUCUAUCGGUCUCCAGAGUGUCCGUCGAGAGGCCAAGCUGGUGAUGUCUUUCAACUAGGUUGUGUCUUUUCAGAAAUGCUCACCGUAACGCAACGACGUUCUUUAGAGGACUAUCGAGCCUAUCGAGCCUUCCGCUAUUCGUCAGGUGCGAUUGUUUCCCACGCAUUCCGGGAAGACCUACCUCGAGUUUGUCAGUGGAUACGUGGUUUAACAGAUGAAAGAGAUGAAACGGGCAGGUCUCCUGUGGUAGGAGAUGUGGCAUGA